CGUGACUCGUGAGCCGCUUCGUCGGUCGUCUCGUGCAAUCUGACGAAAUUUUGAAUUGACUUCUAAAAUUCUUCCUAUGCGGACUGCAGUCAUUAAAUUUAAUCCUGUACUAUUACAGGUUAAGGCGUUUCUACGAAUAACUGUGAGGAUCUUCGUUUAGGCUCUGUCCGGCGUCCGUGCAGUUUAGUCGCUGCUGACACCACGUGUGGCCGGAUCACUCCGCAAGAUGCACGAUUUUUCAAGACUCGAACAAGAUAGACUUUGAAUCGCAUUGUGCCGUGAAUCGCGGAGUUUUGCCAAGAACAAGCGUAGCUGAAAAACCGCAAAGAUGGUGAAGGAGCAGUACCGGGAGACGGAUGUCGCGCGCAAGAUAUCGCACGUCUCCUUCGGGAUAGACAGUAGGCAUCACAUGAAACAGCAGGCUCAUCUGCAUGUGGUGGCCAAAAAUCUGUACAGUCAGGAUAAUGGACAUGUACCUUUGGCCUAUGGUCUGCUUGACAGCAGGUUGGGCACCUGUAGCAAUGCUAACAAGUGCAGCACCUGCAACAAGCCCCUCAACGAGUGUAUUGGACACUUCGGUUACCUGGACCUGGAGCUGCCAGUGUUUCACGUUGGCUACUUUCGAUCUACCAUAGGAAUCCUGCAGAGCAUAUGCAAGAAGUGCUCGCAAGUUAUGCUCAAUCCAAAGGACAAGAAAAUGUAUCUGGAUAGGGUUUUGAAUCCUAAUUUGAGUUACUUGAGUAGAAAAGCACUGAGGAAGCAGAUUUUAGAGAAAGCCAAAAAGUGCACUACUUGCCAUUACUGUGGAGAACUCAAUGGCACUGUCAAGAAAGCUGGUCUUUUGAAGAUUGUCCAUGAGAAAUACAAAAAUAAGAAACCUUCCGAUCCUAUUGUACAGACCAAGCUCGCGGAGUAUCACAAGGUUGUAGAGGAUAACAAGGAACUGGAGUCUAUUUUGCAAAGUGGAUUAAUAUCGAUUUUAAAUCCACUAGAAGUUAUAGGUCUUUUGGAACGUAUACCAGAGAGGGAUAUUCCUCUUUUAUUGAUGAACCCGCAGUGCAGCGUGCCAAGAGAUUUGAUUCUGACGAGAAUACCUGUACCACCCAUUUCUAUUCGACCAAGUAUAGUUUCUGAUUUGAAAGCUGGAACAAACGAAGACAAUCUAACUAUGAAGCUUUCAGAAAUUUUGCUCAUCAAUGAAGCUAUACAGAUACACAGACAGCGUGGUUUGAAGAUUCAAAACUAUACUGAGGACUGGGAGUUUUUACAACUGCAUGUCGCCCUUUACAUAAACAGUGAAAUGUCAGGUAUUCCCCCAAGUAUGCAGCCUCAGAAGGCAGGCAGAGGGCUUGUUCAAAGACUGAAGGGAAAGCAAGGUAGAUUUAGGGGAAAUUUAUCAGGAAAAAGAGUUGACUUUUCCAGCAGAACUGUCAUUUCCCCAGAUCCGAAUUUAAGAAUUGAACAAGUUGGCGUUCCUAUACAUGUGGCAAAAAUAUUGACAUAUCCAGAGAGGGUGAACAAAUGUAAUAUAGAAUUAAUGCGUCGCCUUGUAAAAAAUGGACCGGAUGUGCACCCUGGAGCUAAUUUUAUAGAAAUUGGAAAGAACAAAGAAAGAAGGUUUUUGAGAUAUGGUAACAGGCAGAAGAUGGCACAAGAUUUGCAGUAUGGCGAUAUAGUUGAGAGGCAUUUACAUGACGGAGAUGUUGUACUUUUCAACAGGCAGCCUUCUCUACACAAGUUGAGUAUAAUGGCUCACAAAGCCAAAGUACUAGAGAACAGAACAUUUAGAUUUAAUGAAUGUGUCUGUACACCUUAUAAUGCUGACUUUGACGGCGAUGAAAUGAAUCUUCAUUUGCCACAAACUGAGGAGGCAAGAGCAGAGGCAUUGGUUCUGAUGGGAAAUAAGUCUAAUUUAGUGACUCCAAGGAAUGGUGAACUUCUGAUCGCUGCCACCCAGGACUUUAUUACAGGUGGUUAUCUCUUGACUCAGAAGGACACAUUUCUGAACAAAUCUCAGGUUUCCCAAUUAAUUAGUUGCUUGCUUGCUGGUGAAGACACCACCAUGCAGAUUACUCUGCCCAAACCUGCUAUUCUCAAGCCAGCCAUCAUGUGGACAGGAAAACAAAUUUUUAGUGUAAUUUUGAGGCCCAAUGAGAAGUGCCCUGUGAAGGCUAAUCUCAAGACUAAGGGAAGAGCCUAUACGAGCAAUGAAGAGUUAUGCAUCAAUGACUCGUAUGUUAUCAUCAGGAAUUCUCAACUAUUAGCAGGUUCAAUGGACAAAUCAACUCUAGGAUCUGGAGCAAAGCAAAAUAUAUUUUACAUUUUACUUCGUGAUUGGGGAGAAGACGUUGCUGCGCUUGUAAUGUGGAGAUUAGCAAGAAUUGCCAGCUACUUUCUGAUGAACAGAGGUUUUUCCAUUGGCAUUGGUGAUGUGACACCUGGCCAUAGUUUGUUGAGGGCGAAACAAGAGCUGCUGAACAAUGGGUAUGGCAAGUGUACUGAGUAUAUUAGAAAAAUGGAAGCUGGAAAACUACCAUGUCAACCUGGUUGCUCUGAAGAGGAGUCUCUGGAGGCUAUGAUAUUGAAAGAGCUUUCGGUGAUUCGUGACCAUGCCGGUAAAGUCUGUUUAAAGGAACUGCAUCCCAGCAACAGUCCACUGGUGAUGGCUCUAUCUGGCUCCAAAGGAAGUUUUAUCAACAUAUCUCAGAUGAUUGCUUGUGUAGGACAGCAAGCCAUCAGUGGUCAUCGUGUACCCAACGGAUUCGAGGACAGAGCACUACCACACUUUGAAAAAUACUCUAAAGUUCCUGCUGCAAAAGGUUUCGUUGAGAAUUCAUUUUACUCCGGUCUGACACCAACUGAAUUUUUCUUUCAUACCAUGGGUGGUAGAGAAGGUCUGGUAGAUACUGCUGUGAAAACAGCUGAAACUGGAUACAUGCAGAGGAGGUUGGUAAAGAGUUUGGAAGAUCUUUGUUUGCACUACGACUUGACAGUUAGAAAUUCUACGGGAGACAUUGUUCAGGUUCUCUAUGGUGGAGAUGCCAUGGACCCAACUUACAUGGAAGGCAAAGAUUGUCCUGUGGACUACAAACGAGUCCUAGAUGACGUAAAGUCUAGAUCCACACACAUCACUGAAGAUCCAUUAGAUGGUCCUGGUAUUAUGAAAGCAACAUCUCUUCUUUUAGAUUCAGAAGAUUUCGCCUGCUUAAGUGACGAGUUUAAGCAAGAAUUAGCACAAUUUUUGAAAGCAGUUGCCAUAAAAAUUGCCCGAGUUAGACAACACAUCAAAUCAAAUGAUAACCAACCAGUCUACAAAUACAUUGAGCGCUUGACAGUUUCUCAGUUGGCCGAGUUCAUCCACACAUGUAAAGAAAAAUACAUGAAAGCAAAAAUAGAGCCAGGUACUGCAGUUGGUGCUUUGGCUGCACAGAGUAUAGGAGAGCCAGGUACUCAGAUGACAUUAAAAACUUUCCAUUUUGCUGGUGUAGCUUCCAUGAACAUUACACAAGGUGUGCCACGUAUCAAGGAAAUCAUCAAUGCCAACCCAAAAAUCAGUACUCCCAUCAUUACAGCGGCUUUAGAAAAUGACACAGAUCCUGAAUUUGCUAGAAGAGUGAAGGGUCGUAUUGAAAAAACUACUCUGGGAGAAAUUACUGAAUACAUUGAAGAAGUUUAUCUACCUGAUGACUGUUUCCUUCUGUUGAAGAUAGAUAUUGACAGAGUAAAGCUUUUAAAAUUGGAAGUUGACGUAAAUUCCAUCAGGUAUUCAUUGUGUACAUCUAAACUGAAGUUAAAUCCAAAGAAUGUUGUGAUUCAGGGAGACUCCAUUAUCACAAUUUAUCCAAGCAAACAGAAACAUAAUUUAAGUGUUACGUUAACUCAACUCAAAGACAGCAUCCCUAAUGUUAUUGUUAAAGGGAUUGCCUCAGUUUCCAGAGCAGUUAUACACAAUGAUGACUCAAGUGGAAAGACUCGUUACAAGCUAUUUGUUGAAGGUGAUAAUAUGCGUGAUGUAAUGGCAACACUAGGAGUCAAGGGUCCUAAGACCACAUCCAAUAACACUAUCGAAGUUUUUAAGACUUUAGGCAUUGAAGCUGCCAGAGCUACUAUUAUGACUGAGAUCAAGUUGGUAAUGGAGAAUCACGGUAUGAGUAUUGACCGUAGACAUCCCAUGCUUGUGGCUGACUUGAUGACCAGCAGAGGAGAAGUUCUAGGUAUCACAAGGCAAGGAUUGGCAAAAAUGAAGGAAUCUGUGUUGAAUUUGGCCUCCUUUGAAAAAACUGCUGACCAUCUGUUUGAUGCAGCUUACUAUGGACAGAAAGAUGCCAUCAGUGGAGUGUCAGAAUCAAUCAUUAUGGGAAUACCAGUUCCAGUAGGGACUGGAAUUUUCAAGUUACUUCACAAGUCAGAGAAAGACCCCCUCAAAACUAGAACUUUGUUAUUUGAUUCUCCAAAUCAUCAUAAGAAAAUGACUACGUAGCAGUUUAUUUUUGCAUAUAAGCUAUGUAAAUAAAUGUACACAUGAUCAAUAUUAAGUAUAUUUAAAAUCUAGCUUUAAGUCUAAUGUGUAUGUCUUAAAAUGUAUGCAAAAAAAUAAAUAUUUUUUAUUGUUUAUAAA